UCUGGCCUUGGCCGGAGGACUGUAGCGUCGGUCCUAGGAUGAGAGGGCCAUUUCCUUCCGGGCGGGGGUCAAAUCCUCGGGAAGCCGAGCCAUCCCGUCCAGCUACCUGUCCCAAACGGGGCGCAGGCCAUGUCACCUCUCUAGGAGGCUCCGGAGAACCGGCCGCGCUGUCCCUUUCGGGUGCAGAAAGCCGGCUCCCCCCGGCCCGCUGGGAAGAUUCCCUGCUACACAUCCGGCCGGGGCAUCUGAGGGCAGGAGCCAAGCCAGCCGUGCCCGAUAGACCAGUGGAGAGCACUCUCGCCUGACUGCCUGUCCUCCUCACCGGACCCAGACUCGGCACCGCACACUCCCCCGACGCGGGGUCGGGGAAGGGGGGGAGCGGCGCAGUCACGCGCGCAUCACACUUGCGCUCACAAGCGCGCAAGGCUCUCGCUCUCCGCCCGGCACACCUGCGCUCCGCCCCCUGGUCCCGGGCCGGCGACGGUCGAAGGCUUUUAGGAACCCAGGGCAGCGGCGGCGGCGUCCCCCUUCUCCUUCCCUUCCCAGGGCUGGAGUUGUCCGGAGCCUCUCACCGGUCCCAACCAGCCCGCAUCCCUCUCCAUCCUUCCCUCCCCCCGCCUGCCGCGGCACGGGUAUCUGCGGCCGCAGCCCGGAGCCCUUGAGGCGGCGAAGGGGGGAGGGGAAGAAAGCAAGGGAUGAGCGCCGGGAGGGCGUCGGGGGCCCUGAGCCGGACUAGGACGCCCCUGGAGCCGGAACCCGAGCCGGAGCCGGAGCCAGAGCCAAACCACCGGUACCGUGUCCUUGGGAGGGACGGAAGCUCAGGACAAGCUGGAAAGGGGAACGUUCUGGGCGUCGGGGAAGCGGACCAGGGUCGUGGAAGACAGCUUGCGCAGCUGCCGUCUGGCACCCCUGGCCCGGACCAGCACCUCUGGCACGGACAGCUCCCUGGUUGGGUAGGGGGUGGGGCCAGACCUCAGAGGCUUGCCUGUCUCGGAUCCUGAAGAAGGCAUUCCUAUCCCUCCCCCCAUCUCUAGCUGCAGCCCCCUAACCCCAGGAGGCGCCCUGGCCCGCGCUUGCCCCCCAGGGCCUCAUGUCGGAACCACAGCCUGACCUGGAGCCGCCCCAACAUGGGCUGUACAUGCUCUUCCUGCUUGUGCUGGUCUUCUUCCUCAUGGGCCUGGUAGGCUUCAUGAUCUGCCACGUGCUCAAGAAGAAAGGCUACCGCUGCCGCACCUCGAGGGGCUCGGAGCCUGACGACACCCAGCUCCAGCCCCCUGAGGAUGAUGACAUGAAUGAGGACACAGUAGAGAGGAUUGUUCGAUGCAUCAUCCAAAAUGAAGCCAAUGCUGAGGCCUUGAAGGAGAUGCUGGGGGACAGUGAAGGAGAAGGGACAAUGCAACUGUCCAGUGUGGAUGCCACCUCCAGCUUGCAGGACGGAGUCCCCUCCCAUCAUCACACAGUGCACCUGGGCUCCGCAGCCCCUUGCAUCCACUGCAGCCGGAACAAGAGAUCCCCACUUGUCCGUCAGGGACGCUCCAAGGAAGGAAAGGGUCGCCCCCGGCCUGGGGAGACCACUGUGUUCUCUGUUGGCAGGUUCCGGGUGACACACAUUGAGAAGCGCUAUGGGCUGCAUGAGCAUCGUGAUGGCUCCCCCACGGACAGGAGUUGGGGAUCUGGUGGGGGGCAGGACCCAGGGGGUGGCCAGGGGUCUGGGGGAGGGCAGCCCAGGACAGGGAUGCCUGCCAUUGAGAGCCUUCCCCCUGAGAGGCCGCAGCCCCAGGCCCUUGCCAGCCCCCCAGUGCGGAAUGGAGGACUCAGGGACAGCAGCCUAGUCCCUCGUGCACUUGAGAGGAGCCCUGGAGCCUCUGCAGAGUCGAUGCUGGGGGCUGGAGGGAGGGGCCCAAGCCCAGGGCUGGCCAGUCAACAGGCAAAUGGACAGCCAAGCAAACCGGACACCUCAGAUCACCAGGUGUCCCCACCACAGGGGGCAGGGGGUGUGUGAGGUGAGUCUGCCUGGGCCCCAAGUCAGAUAAUCUCAUCCUCCCACCCCCUACUUUAAACUACCUAAGCCCAUUGGUUCCCUGAACCCCCAAGCUAAACUGCAGGCUUAGCCUUUGGUACAUAUUCCUUGGUUUGGUGGUGGGGAGUGGGCUUGUGCUCCAGGGGAUAGGGAAGGUCCUGCAGCCCCUGGGGAAAAGCGGGGACACAGCUUGAAUAGGAGGAAACACUGUUACCCUUCCUCUCCUCCAAGCCUCCUCCUUCUUUGUGCUGAUGGACUACCAGCUGGCAGGGCCAGGGGGUGGGUAGGCAUGAAGCCCCUCCUCUCCACUGGACAGCACUGCCCCCCAGCUGAGGGACCAGCCCUACUUCCACCUGGAGCUGCACGGUCUCAGGCUGGGGGACCUUGGGAGAAGUCCCACCUCCGGUCCUCAGUCUCUUCCCCUUCCCCUGCCUGCCAACAGGCCGCCUGACCUGCCUUCCCCAUCACCUCACUCCAUAUGCUAGAGCGUGUGGCUGGGAGCAGGCCCCUGCCCUUGGUGGGCCCUUAAAGCAAUAGCACCUUAGACCCCCUGCCCUCUUGGCACAAGAGGCCCAGGCCCUGGCUUGGGCUUUGUGCCCUUUAUUCACUGUCAAUAAAUCCGCUCAGACCAUUACAGCUGCUUCGCAUACUGGCUCCAGCUCCUUCUGACAGGCCUGCCCCCAUCCCAGCCCCCAACCCCAGUGGCUCUGGCAUCUGGAGUGGUGUGAUUCA